AUGAGUCGAAUCGGGCCGCCGCCUAAGCUUGGGUCUAUUCCAGUCGAUUCUGACCAAGGAGAGGCGCAACAGAAGCUCAUUGAGAUGGAGGCGGACAACGCCAUCAAGUACCGGACGUGCUCAUGGCAGAAAACGGCAGCUCUGCUCUUUUCAGAGUAUAUUUGCCUGGCUAUCAUGUCCUUCCCGUACUCGUACAGUGUGCUGGGCUUGGUUCCCGGACUCAUCCUCACGAUGGUCGUGGCAGCCUUCGUUCUGUAUACUAGCCUGAUCGUUUGGGAGUUCUGCCUAAGGCAUCCUGAAGUUCGAGAUGUUACAGAUAUCGGACAAAUGCUGUUCUGGAAUUCGCCAAUUGCAUGGUGGGCGACGGCUGUCAUGUUCAUUCUCAACAACACUUUCAUCCAAGGGCUCCACGUCCUGGUCAUUGCUCGAUAUCUCAACACGAUGACAGAGCACGCUACCUGUACUGUUGUGUUCGCAGUGGUUGGUGCUGUCGUUAGCUGGAUCUGCUCCAUGCCACGAACGUUUGACGCGCUGGCGAAGCUAGCCACCCUUUCGGCGUUUUUCACCUUCAUAUCGGUCAUUCUGGCAACAGCUUUCGCAGGUGUCGAGGGUCAGGAGGGUACUCGCGGAUAUUCACCAGAGCCAGGUCAUGUUGGUCCGGACGGCUCUUUUGUCCCUGGUGGCAAGCCGCUCGUCCUGGCUGUGCCACAAGCUGGCACAACUUACGUCGAUGGCAUGGAAGCCUUCAUGAACAUCGCGUACACAUUUAUCGGACAGAUCACGCUUCCAUCAUUCAUCGCCGAAAUGAAGGAUCCUAACGACUUCCCGAAGGCGCUGUGGCUGGUCACGAUCUGCGAAGUCAUUGUCUUUGGUCUCGUGGGCGCCGUCAUAUAUGCUUACACCGGAACACAAUACAACACAGCUCCUGCUUUCGGGUCGCUCGGCAACGAGGUGUAUCUGAAGGUCAGCUUCUCCUUCAUGAUCCCGACUCUGAUUUUUUUGGGAGUACUUUACGCGUCUGUAUCAGCGCGAUUCGUCUUCUUCCGAAUCUUUGAGGGUUCGCGCCACAAGUCGGAGCACACAGUGAUUGGAUGGGCCAGCUGGGCUGGCAUCCUAGCACUCACCUGGGUUCUUGCGUUCAUCAUCGCAGAGGUCAUUCCGUUCUUCUCGGACCUGCUCGCUCUCAUGAGCGCCCUGUUCGACAGCUUCUUUGGGUGGAUCUUCUGGGGCACAGCAUACCUACGUAUGCGCCGUGCCGAUCUCGGACCUGGUUUCUGGAAGAAACGUGGCAUUCGUGGCUAUGUCGGAUUCUUCAUGAACAUCACCAUCAUCAUAAUUGGCUUCUACUUCUUGGGCCCGGGCACAUACGUCUCGGUGAAGGCGAUUAUGAACUCCUACGCGGCCGGAACCGUGCCGGGAGUGUUUUACUGUGGUGACACCAGUGUCGGCUGA